AUGUACCUGUACAAAGCAACGUGCCCGGACAUCCCCAACCCGAAGCAGAAGGGCUCCAGAGGUCAGGGAGGAGGUCAAGGCGGGGGCCAGGCCCAGGGCCCGGGCCAGGGGAGGCUCGGCAGGCAGGUGUCCGGGGGGACAGGGCCGCGACCCUACGCUCCUCUGAUGCUGUGGACGGCAAACAAAAGCAACAGCGUGCUGGAGCUCAAACAGCUGGAGGAGUUUCUCAACUUCCACUCGCUGACGCUGGAUGACACAGUCAAGAGCCAGACAGGCAUGCUCUAUAGGAACCUUGGGAAGUCAGGACUCAGAGUAUCUUGCUUAGGACUGGGUACGUGGGUGACCUUUGGGGGACAGAUAACAGACGAGAUUGCAGAGCAGCUAAUGACUAUUGCCUAUGAGAGUGGAGUCAACCUGUUCGACACAGCUGAGGUCUACGCGGGUGGCAGGGCCGAAGUCAUUCUAGGAAACAUUAUCAAGAAGAAAUGUUGGAGGCGAUCCAGCUUGGUCAUUACUACUAAACUCUACUGGGGAGGAAAAGCAGAGACUGAGAGAGGACUGUCAAGGAAACACAUUAUUGAGGGUCUAAAAGGCUCCCUACAAAGGAUGCAGAUGGAGUAUGUAGAUGUAGUUUUUGCCAACCGCCCUGACAGCAAUACUCCCAUGGAGGAGAUUGUUCGGGCCAUGACCUACGUGAUCAACCAAGGCAUGGCGAUGUACUGGGGGACGUCUCGGUGGACGGCCAUGGAGAUCAUGGAGGCGUAUUCAGUGGCAAGACAGUUUAAUCUCAUCCCUCCAGUGUGUGAGCAGGCAGAGUAUCAUCUCUUCCAGAGGGAGAAAGUAGAAGUUCAACUUCCUGAACUUUACCACAAGAUAGGGGUUGGGGCGAUGACGUGGUCACCGCUGGCAUGCGGCAUCAUCACAGGAAAAUAUGAAAAUGGCAUUCCUGAAUCUUCCAGGGCCUCCAUGAAGUCAUAUCAGUGGUUGAAGGAGAAAAUAGUAAGUGAGGAUGGGAGGAAGCAGCAAGCCAAGCUGAAAGAGCUCAACCACAUCGCGGAGAAGCUGGGCUGCACUCUGCCUCAGUUGGCUGUGGCGUGGUGUCUAAGAAACGAAGGAGUGAGCUCAGUUCUUCUGGGAACGUCCAACCCUGAGCAGCUCACUGAGAACCUCGGGGCCAUACAGGUCCUUCCUAAGAUGACGUCUCAUGUGGUGUCUGAAAUCGACCACAUCCUGGGCAACAGACCAUACAGUAAGAAGGACUACCGCUCUUAGACCAGGCUGGUUGGACUACUGAGAGGUCAGCCUAUCUGCUUUCCUAGCUACUCAACCAUACUGCUACCAUGGACCCACCGUUCAAUGUUAAAGUCCAUGGUCCUCUCCUUGGGCCCCACUUCAGCCUGGAGCAGACAGCCUCCCUAAGCCCAGCACUGCAUACUGUAACCUCGUCUGUUUGAGACAUGUCCCGCUCAAAUCAGCCCUAUCAGGUUCAUCUCAGGUCCAGUCCAGCUCAGCCAAGAGACACUUAGCAAUCUCAGCUUUUUGCAGCCUCAAAUGCAACUUAGUCCAUCUGAGUAAAUCAAGAUGUGCUCCUCAAACAUAGACUGUAUAAUAAAUAGUGGACGGAGCCACUAUGACGUCAUCCACUGGUUUGUGGACUACCGUGAAACCUCAAGUCUGGCAUUAUGGCUGUUGCCAUCUUUUUUGUUUGUUUGUUUGAGCCAGAAGUGACCAUAUGUAGAUGAGAGGGUGGAGCUGCGGAGGAUACACAUGGCUACGCCUCCAUCCUGAUCUGACUGACAGAUUGAGGGCAUGCCGUGGUAGCAAUGUCAUUCACAAGGUAGCCACGCCAUAAAUCAUACCCUGCUUUAUCCUCUAAUUUACUCUAAAUGGGACCAUAAGUUAACAUCAAGACUUGAAACAAGCAAUUUAGACCAUAAACUCAUUAGAAAACUGUUUACUGAGGUAAUAAAUGAAGUGAUAUGUCGGGUCAUUUUCU